AUAAGCCGCAAGAAAAACCAAAGAAAAAGAGGGAGUGUGAGAGAUAAAAGAGAAAAAACAAAAGAGAAAUGAAUUUUAAAAAAAAACGACCGCUGCUAUAACUCUCUUUUCUCUCUCAAUCUCUUUCACCGCCGACUUCGUAACGGCUAGCCAUAGCAUUUCGGCGGCGCCGAUUGCUCGUUACGCUGUCUAUCUUUUCUAACUCCUCCGCUUUUUUCUGAUCUCUCUCAUCCUCUGAAACUAACUUUUGUUUCCUUUCUCAAAUUUUUUGUUUUGUUUUCUUCGUAUUAUUUCCGAUAUAAGAGUCGUUGAACGUUCUUAGGUUUCAGAUUAAUAUUGUCGGUGGAAAAUGAUUGGAUCGUUUCUUACAAGAGGACUAGUGAUGGCUUUUGGCUACGCUUAUCCCGCAUAUGAGUGCUACAAAACUGUGGAGAUGAAUAAGCCAGAGAUUGAGCAACUUCGCUUUUGGUGCCAGUAUUGGAUUUUGGUUGCAGUUUUGUCAGUUUGUGAGAGAAUUGGUGAUGCCUUUAUUUCAUGGGUUCCUAUGUACAGUGAAGCAAAGUUAGCAUUCUUUAUAUAUCUGUGGUACCCUAAAACAAAAGGAACUACUUAUGUAUAUGAUUCCUUCUUUAGACCAUAUGUUGCGAAGCAUGAGAAUGAAAUUGAUCGUAAUUUGUUGGAACUGAGGACUAGAGCUGGAGAUAUGGCAAUUUUAUAUUGGCAAAGAGCUGCAAGCUAUGGACAGACAAGAGUUUUUGAAAUUUUGCAGUAUGUUGCCUCACAGUCGACACCAAGGCCUCGCCCUGCCCAGUCACAACAAGGUGCCAGGGCUCGCCAACCUACUGCUCCCAACCGCCAACCAGCUACUGCAACUCAACCAGCGACUGAAGAACCACCAUCUCCAACUUCUAGUACGUCGUCAAGUCAGCACCAAGAGGAAGUAGCUGAAGAGGUGGGUCCGUCACAAGUGCCUCAAGCAGCUCCUCCUGCAAGAGCAAAUUCCCAGAAGGCCAAUACUGCUACCUCAAACACUCAAAAGGCUAAUUCAGCAUCCUCCAAUGCUCAGAAAGCAAAUUCAGCAGCCUCAAAUGCUCAAAAAGCAAAUUCAGCAUCCUCCAAUGCUCAGAAAGCAAAUUCAGCAGCCUCAAAUGCUCAAAAAGCAAAUUCAGCAGCCUCCAAUGCUCAGAAAGCAAAUUCAGCAGCCUCAAACGCUCAAAAAGCAAAUUCUGCAGCCUCGAAUGCUCAAAAGGCAAAUUCUGCAGCAGAAAGUACCAGCCAGAGUAUGCCAACUGAACAAGAAGCAAUGCAGGUGGAUCCGGUGUCUUCUGCAGCAGAUGAAAAUGCGAAUCCUCCUCGGAAGGAGACUGUCAUGGAAGAAACCAUUCGGCGGGUAACACGUAAUGGAUUGAGAAACCGUUCUGCAUCAAACCAUUAAACAACCAAACACUCAGUUUCAACUAUUUUGAAUUUAAUCCGUAGGUGGAUAAUAGGGGUAUUGUAUUACUGUAAUAGACAUUGAUGUAAAUUUGUUGUCGUAUUUAGUUUCUAUUUCAUUGGUUGCUUAA